CGGCGGCGGCGGCUGCAGCGACGACCUCCUGGUUCCCGCCCGCGCCCGCCGCGCGCACGCGCACUGCGCCCAACAUGAGGGUCGCAGCUCUGAUCAGUGGUGGAAAGGACAGCUGUUAUAAUAUGAUGCAGUGCAUUGCUGCUGGGCAUCAGAUUGUUGCUUUAGCAAAUCUAAGACCAGCUGAAAACCAAGUGGGGUCUGAUGAGCUGGAUAGCUACAUGUAUCAGACAGUGGGUCAUCAUGCCAUUGACUUGUAUGCAGACGCGAUGGCUCUUCCCCUGUAUCGCCGAACCAUAAGAGGAAGGAGCUUGGAUAUAGGACAAGUAUACACCAAAUGUGAAGGUGAUGAGGUUGAAGAUCUCUAUGAGCUUUUGAAACUUGUUAAGGAAAAAGAAGAAAUAGAGGGGAUAUCAGUAGGUGCCAUACUUUCUGACUAUCAGCGUGUUCGAGUAGAAAAUGUGUGUAAAAGGCUUGAUCUCCAGCCUUUAGCUUACCUUUGGCAGAGAAACCAGGAAGAUUUACUUCGAGAGAUGAUAUCAUCUAACAUUCAAGCGAUGAUCAUCAAAGUAGCAGCUUUUGGUUUAGAUCCAGAUAAGCAUCUUGGGAAAACCCUCGAUCAAAUGGAGCCUUAUCUCUUAGAGUGCUCCAGAGAUGUGUAUUCAGCUGCCAACCGGACACCUCCAUCUCUUAAGUGGCCCCCAGCACCUCAACCUCAACUGUGCGGAACUAAACAUUUCUUCCCUAAUAUAUCUGUGUCAUUUUCAUAUUUGCUGACAGUGAAGGGCCCCAUUGUCUACUCAGUCAUCCAAGCCAAAAAGCUUUCUAAGAAGUACGGAGUCCAUGUUUGUGGAGAAGGUGGAGAAUAUGAAACAUUCACUUUGGAUUGCCCUCUAUUUAAGAAGAAAAUAAUUGUGGAUUCAUCAGAAGUAGUCAUACAUUCAGCUGAUGCAUUUGCACCUGUGGCUUAUCUACGCUUUUUAGAAUUGCACUUGGAGGACAAGGUGUCCCCAGUGCCUGACAACUACAGCACAUCUAAUUAUAUUCAUAAUUCUUGAAAAGCAUUUUUGAACUUUGUUUUCACUAAGCUGCCAUUUCUAUACAAAGGAAUUACAUAGUAUUUUCUCAAUUAUUACGAUUGGUUUUUUCUCAUUAUCUUUUCUUUAUUUCUUAGAAAAACAUACCUUAAUCAGAAGUUAAUGGAACCAUUUGUUAAUUGGUAAAAUGUCAAUGGCAUUUUCAUUAUUAUUGCCAACUUCCUCAGGAUUCACUCUUUCUUUUUUGUUAACAUAUCCUCCCAAUGACCUCUGUGUGAUAUGUGCCUCUUAUUUUUCGUUUUACUUCAUCUGCAACCCUCAUUCUGUAACAUUUCUUUUCUUUCAUCACACUAGUUUCUUUUUCUCCUUCUCUCUUUCUUGUUCCCAUCUCUGCCAAUAAUGUCAUGAUACAGAGGCAUUUGAAAAUGAAGAUGAAAAUGUGGUCACUUUAUUUAGACAAUCGAACUUAUUCCACUGGAUGUCACCAAAGUGAUUUAUCAUUUUUGUUUUGAAUAUAUUUAUGUUUCAAGAGUUUCAACAUUAUUGCACAAUCAAGAAAAAUGUCAUUAACUCUUACUUGUUAUUUUAUAACUGAUUUUAAAAAUGUAAUUUUUCAGCAUUACUACAUUGAUUGUAGACAACUUUAAAAAAAAUAGACUUUAUUUUUUUUUUUUAUUUCAGCUCAUUAUGGCGGUACAAAAGUUCAGGUUAUAUAUAUUGCCCAUAUAUAGACUUUAUUUUUUAGAACAGUUUUCGUUUCACAGCAAAAUAGAGCAGAAAAUACAGAGUUCUCCUAUACCCUCUGCCUUCUCAUCUUCCCCACUAUGAACAUCCAGCAACAAACUAGUACAUUUAUUACAAUUGAUGAACCUACAUUGACAGACCAUUAUAACUCUAAGUCCGUAGUUUACUUCAGGGUUUACUCUUGGUGCUGUAUAUUGUAUGGGUUUUCACAAAUGUAUAAUGACAUGUAUCUACUAUUACUGUAUUAUACAGAAUAGUUUACUGCCUUACAAAUUCUUUGUGUUCACCUAUUCAUCCUUCCCUCUCUUCUAACCCCUAGUAACCACUGAUCUUUUUACUGUUCAUAGUUUUGCUUUUUCAGAAAGUCAUGUAGUUGAAAUCAUACAGUAUGUAGCCAUUUCACAUUGGCUUAUUUCACUCAUUAAUAUGCAUUUGCAUUCUCCCAUUUCCUGUGAUGGAUUGAUAGCUCAUUUCUUUUUAGUGCUGAAUAAUAUUCCAUUGUCUCAAUAUAUCCAUUUAUCAAUGCACCUACUAAAGGACACCUUGAUUCCUUCCACAUUUUGGCAAUUAUGAAUAAAGCUGCUAUAAACAUC